CCGCGUGAAACAGAUCUCAGUCCUGUAAAAGAUGGCCUCUCUGUUGAAUGUUUUGUUGCGAAAAUCCUCGAAUUUUGGGCAAACUAAGGCCCUUUUACUGAAUUUACCAGCAGUUAAUAAUGUGAACUCCCAAAGGAAAGCGCAUCGAUGGAUGCCAGACACGGACUACAUAAAGCAGUUCGAGGGACCGGUGAUGUUCCCCGAUGAGGUCACUGCGUUGAUGAAGCAUCCACCGUACAACAGCAUCAUCCCGCCAGCAGAGAAGCACGUCCGCAACAUGAUCCUGAACUUCGGGCCGCAGCACCCGGCCGCCCACGGCGUGUUGCGACUUGUCCUGGAGCUGGACGGUGAGACUGUCCGAGCAGCCGACCCUCACAUCGGUCUCCUCCACCGAGGAACUGAAAAACUCAUCGAGUACAAGACCUACACCCAAGCGCUGCCUUACUUCGACCGGCUGGACUACGUCUCCAUGAUGUGCAACGAGCAGUGCUACAGCCUGGCAGUUGAGAAGCUACUGAAUAUCGAUAUUCCGCUGCGAGCUAAGUACAUCAGAACUCUGUUCGGCGAAAUAACCCGCAUCCUCAACCACAUAAUGGCGGUUGGUACGCACGCGCUCGACGUCGGAGCCCUAACGCCCUUCUUCUGGCUGUUCGAGGAGAGAGAGAAGAUGAUGGAAUUCUACGAGAGAGUCAGCGGCGCUAGGAUGCAUGCUGCUUACAUCCGCCCCGGAGGAGUGUCAUUGGACAUGCCACUAGGCCUGAUGGACGACAUCUACGAGUUCUCCAGCAAGUUCGGCGAGCGACUCGACGAGGUCGAAGACGUCCUUACAACUAACCGCAUCUGGGUGCAGAGGACCAAGGAUAUUGGAGUGGUCACCGCGCAGGACGCGCUUAACUACGGUUUCAGCGGCGUGAUGCUCCGCGGCUCCGGCAUCAAGUGGGACCUGCGCAAGACGCAGCCCUAUGACGCCUACCACCUCGUCGAGUUUGAUGUGCCUAUUGGAACACACGGCGACUGCUACGACAGGUAG